GGCAAGAUGGAAGCUGUACAAAAGGACCACUGGUACUUCGUGGUACUCAUCUUUCUUCCUUUUCUUAAAGCUGCAGCCCAGGAGAUGGAGGCUGCUACAGUCCGUCUGGAGGAAGGGAUGGUUCUCAACUGUUUGUGCCCCUGGGACGGCAACCUCAGCAUGGUGUCCUGGACCAAAUUACCAGACAAGAAUAUGGUAGCUGUUUUCCAUCCAGAGUAUGGGGUGGCCUUCUCUGACCGUUACCGGGAAAGGAUAGAGUUCCUGAGGAGCACGCCUAUGGAUGCAAGUAUUUCCAUGAGGAACGUCACUCACCAGGAUAUCGGGGUCUACCACUGCUCUGUUCAGACCUUCCCUCAGGGCCCCUGGACAAAGAACAUUCAGGUGGAAGACUUAGAUGAGCCCCCAGAGGAAGACAACGACACAGAGCCCCCCAGCCCGGAGGUGAUCAAGACGGACACAGAGUUGGUGGCAGAGCCCAACAACAACCUGACCAUCAGCUGUAACCACGAGCACAAUGGUACCGUUUACCAGGUCAUUUUGGAGAAGAUGCCGCAUGGUCAGCCCUGGGGCAUCAUCGGGGUUUGUAAGAAGGUGGAAGGCGGUCUGCUGAGCGAGGACUACAGCGACAGGGGCCAGGUCAGCUGUGCAGAGAGCCUGGACGUCAGUCUGCACCUGACAGGUGUGGUGCCAGAAGAUGGUGGUUUCUACCGCUGUAGCUUCAGCACAGAUGCAGGGUUGAGGGCCACCACAGUGCUGCUCACCGUUUCCCCUCCAGCAGGUGGAUUCAGCCUAUCCAUGUACAUGAUGUAUAUUUACAUUGGGGCUGGAGCUGCUGGGCUUAUUCUACUCAUUGCUAUCAUCAUACUAGCAGUGAAGCACAGGAGAAGGAACAGGAGAGAGGAGUACAGAGUCAAACUGCACCCAUCCCAGAGACAGCCAAACCUCUAUGAGAACAUCUCUGUGUGUUCCAAGAUGACAAAGACGUCCAGGCAGAUACAAAAUUGCCCGAUCUAUGCCAACCUACACACUGUGAGAUCAAACAAAACCAAACGUCAGCUUCGUGACAAAUGAGCAUACAUAAAUAUGAUGUACUGUGUAAUGUCAAUGUGUAGUUUUUUCCACAAACAAAGCUCAUUCGUCUACAGUGGCUUCGGAAUGCAUUCAUACCCCUUCACUUUUUGAACACUUUAUUGUGUUGUAGAUGUCAUUUUCAAUUGCUGAAAUUUGCUCUUUACGUCCCAUCAGUCUACAUUAAAUAAUCCACAAUGACAACGUGAAAACAUGUUUUAAGAAUCAAAAACGUCGUAAUUUAGACGAGUUCAGACCCUUUGCUCUUGCGCUCCAAGUUGUGACCAGGUGCAUCCUGUUUGCUCUAAUUAUCCUUGAGACGUGUAUAGAGCUUGAUUGGAGUCCACCUGUGGCACUUUGCAUUGAUUGGACAUAGUUUAGAAAGGUCUCACUCUGCAUGUCACUUCUACUACUCAAUAAAAUGUGGGACUCAAUACCUUUCUGAGUGAACAUAUAAUGACAAGUGCUGAUUCUAAUUAUUUCAAUAAGAUGCAGAGAGGGACCACACUGAUUAAUAUUCACACUGUGGUUUGAGAUGAGUUAACAAGCUGGUGCUCAUGUAAGUCUCAGAUAGCUGACGGGUUUGUUUGUGUCCAACCCCGCUCCCACUAAUUAAAUGUACUAUGUUCUUCAUAAUUACUGUUGAGGAAAUAUUUGUUUUGUUCAAAACAAUAUUUGACAGUAACCGUCAUGCCGAAAAAGCCGACAAAAGCCUGUAUAAUCAUUCCUUUCACUUCUCCAACCCCCGAGUAAAACGAUUGACAAAAGCCUGUGUAAUUGCUCUCCUUUUACUUUCAUCCCUCCUGGUUUCCAUUCAAAGCCUGACAAUGGUGUCUAAUCAUCUAACGGAAAAGAGAGGCAGUCACUCAGCACUGUACCACCACUUGAGACUGACGCUUUCCCCAAAGGGCUCUUCGUCUAGGUUGGCUGCAUUCUAGUUACAGCAUGCUCUUAUUGUGAAAGCUAAACUCUAAUUAGAUAAUCCUCUGCUUUAGUUUACAGCUCCUUAUACAUUGUCUCUCUACUGUUUAUUGAUGAAUGUGUUGGCUCCUUUUUUACUCUGCGUCUUGAACUUAUAAUUGUUUAAAAAACACAAGUCAUUUUUAUGAUAAGCUGUCACAAGUCUUCCAAGUUGUAUUUAUUUUGUUUUAUUUCUAAGCUUGCCUAUAGGCUUCUGUAAAUCAAUAUUUAAGGUUUAUAGUCGUGCUAGUAAGCUGUGUGUUGUUUAUGUGCAAUGUGAUUCAUUUAUCUCCAUAGAUAUGGAGGCAGUGGCAGAGGCAGUAAUGGAUAUGCAGGCUAUCCUGCUAGGAAACAAGACAAAUGUGGACAAGCUAGAAAUGUGGAACACAAAGGGACUAUAUAGUUUGGAACCACAAGUGUUUGCUUUCAUUUUCUCACCUUGCUGUUUCAGCAAAACAGUAGAAGCUGCAACUGUACACUUGACUGUGAUACUUGCCAUGCUGUGUGUUACCAGCAAUACCGAAACUGAUGUGUGUGACUGUAAAUGAUUCCAUCCAUGUGGUAUAAAUAAACAAUGUCA